AUGUUGCAGACAAAAUAUACACGGCUUGCUGGCAAAUAUGGAGUAUGCGUGAAUGAUCCAUCAGAAGUGAAAGCCUAUUACUACGAUGGAAUGUACACCACAGACGGAUGCCUCCGUUCCUGCUAUCAGGAUAUGAUUUUGGAAGAGUGCCAAUGUAUGGAUCCACGGUAUCCAGUGGCCCCAGGUGCAAUAACAUGCGAACUCGCAAAAAGAUCAUGCAUUGACGAAGCUGUCGCCAAACAUGGAAAGAUCCCUCGACUUGGGACUCCUGUGUCUGUCCCUUGCCAUGUACCAACCAACAGUACUCUGUCGAGUGGCAUCGAACUCAAUCCGCUUCGGAGGUCUUUAACAAUUUUUGUUAUUCUCGGGAUGCGCCGUGCAUUAUAUCUCCCUCUUAAACUGUAG